AUAUCACUUGGUAUUUCAUAACAGAUCUAGAAAGGCCGGAAUGGGUACCAUUUGCAUUCGUUCGACUUCGCUUCUUAAAAGAGAGCUUCGUCUUUAGUUUAUGACUAGAAUCUGCGCACAGGGUAUCCAUUAGGCACAAAUCCUUCGUACACGAUCCAAUGAUGUUCCUGAUCAUUUUAACCUUUUCAAUCGUUUCGCAUGACAGAACAAAAACCAAAACCAAGAAUCCCCGCUUCAUCGAUGUUCUUACAGAAACAUUUUCACUAAUAUUGCAAAACUAAAUGCGAAUUUAAACUUUAAUAAUCUGACCUUAUCAUCAGAGGUGAACAUGCUCCCAGUGGUGCUCUUGCUCCUUCUGAUUGCCAACACGUGUAAGUCCGAUUGGAUAUGUGACAUCACGACACGGCUGAUAGACACCUCAAUGUCAUACAAAACUAGACGAUGUGAAAUCACGAUACGUGACUUAAGUAGAGUCAAAGCAGAUUUAAUUCGUUUUAGAAGAACACAGGCCUUCGUAAGCAGUUCAUUAAAUAAGAAAACAAUAGAUAACCUUUUUAAAAAAUUCAAGAUGAUAAACAAGCAAAUGAAAAUGUACGUGAAAAUGGAUCUACCACGUAUAAAGGCGAAAUUCAGAGAAUUGCCUCAAACGCAUGAGGCGAGAAUUCAGGGCGAUGUCGUAAUGCAACUUGUUGAUGCGUACUUUAAGCUCAAUCCAUGUAGUACGCAAACAUUGCAAGAGAAACAGGAUGAUAUCGAUGCUAUUAGAUUAGCCAGUGAGAAUUGGAAACAGGCGAUUAGAAAUGGAUUGAAUGACCCGAAUGUUAAAAACACUCUAAUUAACCUCAAUAAAUUAAAAGAAAAAUUUGACAAAAAUUUGGCAAAAAUAGCUGGAACCUUUCCUAAAAUUGAAUCCCUUUUCGAAAUGUUAAUAAAAAUGGCGAAUCAUAUUCGAAAUGAAUUCCCAUGCAACAUCGAGACAACUGAAGUUCCAGUCACAACUAGUAAACCAAAAACAACAAAGGAGGCUACACCCAAAACUGUUACAUGUGUACCAACUUGCGUCCACGGAAGUUGCGAGAAACUUGGAAAUGGGGAAUAUAUUUGUAAAUGUAACACUGGAUUCAAUGGCGUCGACUGCUCUCUUAAUGACCCGUGUGGCUGUGGCGAGGGCGGAGUCUGCGACUGCGCAUCAAGCCCCUGUAAAUGUAAAUGCUUCCCCUUGUACUCUGGUGCAAAAUGUCAGACAAUUUUACCCUUGGACCCGUACGGCUGUCGUAUUAGUGAGGAGAUGCACACCAAUAGGUUUUGGCAAAAUACCAUAAUGACACACUAUGCGACAUUCGACAGAGGGCGUUAUAACUUCCUUGGACGCUGUCUUUACGUACUGACGGAACCAAAGGACGCCGUUGAGCCCAAGUUUCAAAUUGCUCUUCGCCAGAAGCUUCACGCGAAAGAUGGGAGGAACCAUACCUGGCCUGAAUAUAUUGUGCUACAUGUAAACGGUAGAGAUGUUAUAAUUGGUCAGGAGAAGGCCGAUGGGGAGGUUGAUGUGAGGAUUGAUGAUCAACAAAUCACUGCUAUACCAAGCGAACACUCACUAGGUAUAGUAAAUGGUCACGCCCUCAAAGCACACGUAAAAGAUGGUGUUCGAGUUGAAAUUGUGCCAUAUGGAAUUGGAAUAGGUUUUGAUGGGGAAUCUGUUGCAAAUGUGGAUUUGAAUAAAUACUGGGAAAAUAAUGUAAGAGGGAUGUGCGGUGACUAUGAUGGUAAGAUUUAUGACGAUUACGUAACAAAACAGGGAUAUGUCGUGAGACGUCGGGAUGAUAACAAGGGCACCCUUAUAGGGAACAGUUGGAAAAAGGUUGACUCAGUUAAAUAUGACGAAGAAGCAAAAACGUGUAGAAACAUCCCACUCCCUGCAGUUCCUGCAUUAAGUGAAUUACAAGAUUGGGACGGUGAACUGUACGAAAAGGCAAAAACAACCUGUUCAAGCCUGUGUGGUUCCACGACAACAAUUAGUUUUAGAAAAUGCAUUGCAAACUUCUUUUUCAGUGAAGACGUCGUCUCUAGUUGUUGA